AUGGGCCAGGAUACAGAAAGUGCCCUUCGAGGAAUCCAGAUCUUCCUAGACUCCCAAAUAAUGUCCGCAGUAACAGGAUACGGACUCCGUCACGCUGCAUACUGGAUUGCUAUACGACAAGAAAUCACCACCGCAUUCAGCAAACAACGAACCUUCCGUCUACCAUUAGGGCCCUGUGAACCGUACCGAUCAUUCGAACCUGCAGAUGACUACGUCUGGGCAGAUAGAUUGGUGAUCCAUUGUGCCGAUGUACUUCAAUAUUGUUACGGAUCCCAAGAAGAAGACCUCUCAGGAGACCGACACCACGCCUCAAAUAUGGGAAUGGGAAUCCUACACCAACGAAACGCAUCAGGACCCAACAUGCGAAUCGCGCGGUAUGAGGAACUAGUCACGUUUGAAACUCUUUGGAAUGAGCUUGGUCCGCCUAGUUUUAAGCCCAUCUACUCAUGUGAACCGGAUCGCUCGCGCGGAGAGGUUUUUCCUGAACUUUGGUACUUGAAUAACUGUCAUGUGGCAGGUCUUCAAUUCUUGGAACUUGCGCGUAUCUUGCUCACGGUUUAUAAUCCCAAGUUGCCACGUCUAGGACCUAGUCAACGGACGGCAAUGCGAUCGGUGGAUCAAAAGGUCCGAUCGAUUGUUUUGAGACUUUGUGGAAUUGCACUUUCCAAUCAACAUAGUCCUCCUGGUUUGGUUACUGCGUCGGCUGCAAUUGGGAUGUGUGGGGAUCGGUUUACGGAGAGGUUUGAACAGGAAGCUCUUCUGGGAGUUUUGAUCAAGUUGGCGGAUGAACAUGCGUAUCCUACUUGGACUGUACAGGAAUCUUUGAAAGUAGCGUGGGGGUGGGAAGGAUGUGGGUCAGAGUAA